CCUGUCCACAGGACUCUCCAGGCAAGAACACUGGAGUGGGUUGCCAUUUCCUUCUCCAACCAAACAGAAUAAAUACCUACAUGUAAUACAGUGAAACUGCAGAUAAGAAUAAAGGGAGUAGAGUAACUUAUUACCCUCUCCCCCAAAAAAGAAUAAAAGGAAAAUAUGAGAAUUCACUGGCGGUCCUGUGGUUAGGAUCCACACUCCCACUGUAGGCGACACGGGUUCAAUUCCUGGUUGGGCAACUUAAGAUCCUGCAAGCUGCGUGGUGCAGCCAAAAAAAAAGAAACAAAGGGAAAAUAUUGAAAGCUACCAGGUGAGGGGACUACCAGAGAAAUAAAAGAAAUCAGAGAAAUGACAAUUAGACAGACAGACAACAUUUCAUCAACAUUAAAUGCAAGAGGUGAUAGAAGACUGUCUUAAGGAAGCUAUAAUUCUAUAUUCAGCUCUCAUUCAAGAGUGAGGUGAAAUAAAGAUAUUUCUGGACCUGCUAAGACAGUUUUUAAGAAUUUAUUUUUUAAUUGAAGGAUAAUUGCUUUACAGAAUUUUGUCAUUUUCUAUCAAACUUCAACAUGAACCAGCCAUAGGUGUACAUAUAUCCCCUCCCUUUUGAACCUCCCUCCCAUCUCCCUCCCCAGCUAAGACAGUUUUAUCAGCUGUAGAUCGUGACUAAAAGAACUACCAAAGGUAUACUUUAGUAAGAAGAAAACUCGGAGAAGAUUGCUAGCACCAACUUUGAGUGCAGAAAUUGACAUAGUAUGUUGAUACAUUUAACUAUGGAAUAUAUAUUUAGAUAAUUCAGUCACCCACAGUGACUUAAACUCCAGAAAAUAUUUACUAAGCUUAUGAUGAGAAGUGUGGAGUUAGGGAGUUCCAGGGUUGGGGCAGUCAUCUAAUACUGAUAUGAAAAACCCUGGGUCAUCCCAUUGUUCUGCUCUGCCACCUUAAGGGUGUAAGAUCUUUCUCCUCAUGGCUGAGAGAGGGCUGCUACAGCUCCGGAUAGCAUAUCAUCACCCUAUAACUUCCCAAGCAGGGGGAUGCUAAGAAAAAGGAAGCUUUCUAAUGUGCCUCUUUUUUGGGAAGAAGAAUCUUUCCAAGAAGGCCCCAGCAGAUACCUCCUUAUGUCUCAUUGGCCAGAGCUGGUUCACCCCGACACCAGUUCCUGGUAAAAGGGAACAGGCUUACUGUGGUUGCCUGUCCAGGCUUGCCUCGUCUUCUGGGACUGGGUUCUUUGCCGCCUGAGCCAAAUCGGGACUCUGUUGGCAGGAAAGAAGGGGGAGUGGCUGCUGGUAGGCAACCAACAGUGUCGGCCACAGAUGGCAAAACACACAAACAGCGAUUCUGUGUCUAGUUUGUUUUUUUAAUUUUAAAGAAGGAAAACUAAAAUUGUUGACCACAUUAGCAAGGAAGAGUAAGGUAGAGUAAGAAAGGGAAUACCAUUCUUAAAUCACAUCAGGUUUCUGCCUUGUUAAAUAGAACAGUACUACUGAAAACCUUAGACCUCGUUAGGAAAGUAUAUUAUGCCAGCAAUUUAAGGUAGCCACUAAAAGAGGAAAGAAGAGGGAUAUAAUUUCCAACCCAGGAGGAAAAGAAGUGGUGGGAGUAGGGAUAAUGUGUCAAUCCAACAAGGCAGGAAAAGGAAAAAGAACUAAAGGAAAACUAGUAAAGAGAAAGAGUAACACGAGCCCAGAUGCAUCAGGGUAAAGGGUUAUACUCGUGUGUUAAACAACCACCAGAUAAAACGCAAAUAACGAGUGGUCUGAAGCCUGGAGAGAGUGGUCAGUGGGCACGGGCUGAACAGGAACCACCCUGGCCUUUGUCAUACAAGUGGUUCUGUUCUUUAAAUAACUUGUUUUUUCCUUGUGCUAUAUUCUGGCCUCUCCUCAAUUGUUUCUGUCUGGGUUUGCCUUGCUAUUGAGAUAGUAUUGUUUUUCCAGACUGCUUCCUGCCUACUGUAUAUACGUAUAACAAAACCCUGGAUUCUGUCCUGCCGCAGGACACCAACACCCCACACAGGGACUCAUUUAAGGGCAGGUGUGGUGCAGCGCCGAGACCCUGCACGCCCGUCCCCCUGCCCUGCUGCUUGCCCGUGCCCCAGGGCUCAGCAUCCCUCCCUUGGAGCCUGUUUCUUGGGGUGCACCUUCGAUCCUCUUGCAAUGAAGACUGAUGGUUUAUUUCUCCCGGGCUUAUUGGAAAUUUAGCCAGGCUGGAAGAGCUGUAUUAGCUCUUGCUUUCUGGUUUCCUGGCUGCCAACUCUGGACAGCAUCAGCAGUCCUGGAGCUGAGAUCUCAUAGACUGGACAUCCAGUCAGAGUGAGGUGUCCUGCAGUAAGAUGGGCUCCUGAAGCAGACGCUGCCGGAGGGGUUUUAACUGGGGAGCAAGGGGGCCUGAGUCACUAGGGUAACUGAGGGGUCUGUGCCAGAGGCUGGUGCCAGUGUGUGGCAAUGGAUGAGUUCAGGCAGCCAGGCAUGCAGAGGUCAAGCCAGCAGUUCUCAGAUCAAGGACAUGGGCCCCAGUUCAGUGUGAAGGGGGGCUGUCGGGUCCCUCCCUCCGCAUCUUGACUGAUUCCCACCCCCACCCCCCAGGCAUCUGCUGUUGCCACACCCAGGAGGCAGGCAGUUUGCUGGGUUGCUCGGUGGCCAGGUUCUGGGACACAGGGAGCAGUUUUAUUAUUGUACCCCAGUAAGUGGGAAAAGCCUCUCCGUAAGGAAGGCAGUGAGAGCCUGUGGAGGGAGCCCUGGCCUUGGAGCCAUCAGCCCUGGGAUGGCAUUAUAGCUCCGUCCCUCACCGCCUGGCUGACCUCGUUCGGCUGUCUUGGGACUUCUGUGAAUACCGAAUGAGAGGCUGUGCCUGUGAAUGCUCAGAAACGCGGAAAGCAUCACACAUAGUCACGCUGCGGCAGCCUGGUGCCUGACAAGUGAGGGGAACCUGCCAGGGGAUUACUGCUCGCUCAGGGCAGGACUGAGGCCUCGGGAGCAGGGAUGGGCAGGGCAGCCUCCAAGCCUGGGCCAGCAGCACCAAGACGGAGGCCCCGGCCUGGAGCUCGACACGUGCCUGCUCCAUUGCCCCAGGUGGCACUCACAGCAACACUCUUCUGAGAAGCGGGUGAUCGCAGGCCCCAAAGGACCACACAGCAGGAGCUGGAGGUCAGCCACCCCUACACAACUAGGACCCUCAGGAGAAGGGACGGGCGCCUCGGGGGAAGUAGGAAGGCGGAACCGAGUGGCAGGAGGACCUUGUCCCUGAAGAGUUUACCGGCACCCACAGAGCUUCCUGAGUCUCUUCUCUCCAGAUCGGGCUCAGUUCCCUUUUCUCCCGGCAGAGGCAUUGGGCCCAGAGAGGGGAAGACUUCAUGACGUUCCGGCUGCUGGAAGCCCAAGUGCUCUCUGCCGUGACUGGGGUUCAAGGGCUUCCCCGCUGCGGGGGACGAGGGGCCGCCUCGGCAUCUGCUCAUGAACCACAAGGACCCCGAAUGCUCCAGACUGGAUCAUUUCAAGCCGCCAAAGAGGGGGACCCCCAGAGCUGGCAGCCAGCAACCCCAAGGAACUAGAAGGCUGGGAUGGACUGACCUCCCCUUUGCAGGGGCUCCGGGAGCAGCAGAGCCUCUGUGGCCCAGCUAGUGGCAGACGGAGCUGAUGAAGCCGUGAGCGGGGCUGGCGGCCGGGACAGGAGCUGCUGCUGCCGCCGGACUCUCCUGGCACCGAGGGCGCAUGCGCAGGUCCCUGCCUCGGUCCCUGCUCAGCACCCGCCCGCAUGUCCUUUGCACGUGGCGCCAAAGCACGCGGGCUGCCCUGUAGCUGGCCUGUCCGCGGGCUGGAGAAGCAGUGGCCGUGGUGAGGCCCGCCUGCCGCCGGCCUGAGGGCCCAGCUCCCGGGCGCGCACCAUGAAGUGCUCGCUGCGGGUGUGGUUCCUCUCUAUGGCCUUCCUGCUGGUGUUCGUCAUGUCGCUGCUCUUCACCUACUCCCACCAUAGCACGGCCACCCUGCCCUACCUGGACUCGGGCGCCCUGGACGGGGCUCCCCGGGUGAAGCUGGUGCCGGGCUAUGCUGGCCUGCAGCGCCUCAGCAAGGAGGGGCUGGCCGGCAAGAGCUGCGCCUGUCGCCGCUGCAUGGGUGACACCGGUGCCUCCGAGUGGUUCGACAGCCACUUCAACAGCAACAUCUCCCCCGUCUGGACUCGGGAGAACAUGGACCUGCCCCCCGACGUCCAGAGGUGGUGGAUGAUGCUGCAGCCGCAGUUCAAGUCACACAACACCAACGAGGUGCUGGAGAAGCUGUUCCAGAUAGUGCCAGGCGAGAACCCCUACCGGUUCCGGGACCCCCGCCAGUGCCGGCGCUGCGCCGUGGUGGGCAACUCGGGCAACCUGCGGGGCUCUGGCUACGGGCCAGACGUGGAUGGGCACAACUUCAUCAUGAGGAUGAAUCAGGCACCGACCGUGGGCUUUGAGCAGGAUGUCGGCAGCCGAACCACGCACCAUUUCAUGUACCCCGAGAGUGCCAAGAACCUGCCCGCCAACGUCAGCUUUGUGCUGGUGCCCUUCAAGGCCCUGGACCUCCUGUGGAUCGCCAGCGCCCUGUCCACCGGGCAGAUCCGAUUCACCUAUGCCCCAGUGAAGUCCUUCCUUCGAGUGGACAAAGAGAAGGUCCAGAUCUACAACCCAGCCUUCUUCAAGUACAUCCAUGACAGGUGGACAGAGCAUCAUGGGCGGUACCCUUCCACUGGGAUGCUGGUACUCUUCUUUGCCCUGCAUGUGUGUGAUGAGGUGAACGUGUACGGAUUCGGGGCCGACAGCCGGGGCAACUGGCACCACUACUGGGAGAAUAACCGGUACGCGGGCGAAUUCCGGAAGACGGGCGUGCACGACGCCGACUUCGAGGCGCACAUCAUCGACAUGCUGGCUAAGGCCAGCAAGAUCGAGGUCUACAGAGGGAACUGAGCCCGGACGCGCUGCGACUCUUCUGCCCGGCCGCGCGGCUCCCGCCGGGACUUGGGGUCAGCCCGGGGGCGGUGACCUAAGCGUGGCGCGGCGCCCUCCGGGGCGUCAGCGGGCGUUCGGAGCGCCGCCGCCACGGCCUGGACCAAUCACUUUGCAGCCCAGCGAGCGCCGGCGUCCUCGGCCAGCGAGGAGACUUCCCCGGCCGAGCACCAAUCAGCGCCGCCGGCGGGCGGGGCCUCCAGCCAAUCAUGCAACUCAAGGAGGACUUCCGGCGCCGGGACCCCUCUCAGCCAAUCGAUGGCCUUCGGGGGCGGGCCGGCGGCCGAUUAAUUUCCCACUCCCCUAUGCUUUUGGGUAGGAUUUUAUUUCACGCUUUCUAAGGAGUAAGAGUUCCUUCCGGCUUCGAGAAGUAUGCUCUCCGCAGGUUCGGCGGGAGGCGUCUCAGUCACUUUCCGGCCUAACCUCGCUGGGGGCGCCGAGAAGGAAACGGUGGGGAAGGCGAGGGACAGCGGUGGCUCGCUCCCUCCUUCCCGGGAGUGCUCCGUGACCGCGGGGCGGGCGGGAGGGCGAUCGGGCAGCCUUUCGGGUGGGCGGGGAGCGGGGCGGUCAGGUGGUUUGCAGGGAGCGCUGUUUUCCCCAGGGGGAAAGUUAGAGCCCUCCCGGACCGCCUAGAGAACUAGAUCCACAUUUCUUUGAUCGGUCAGGCGUAGAUAGGUGAGUGCAAACCCACCAAAGAAAUGCGGUGAGAAUCUGGAGGGCACGUGGGUCCUCUCCUGCCUCCUCCCCUCCCGCCCUUGGCCCCCUUGUGGAAUGGCCUUUCUGACCGUGGCAUUUAGUGUCUCACCAGAAAACUAGGAUUGUGUGCACCCCUUCCUAGGCGAGCGAAGUUCGCCUAGGGCUCAACUCUGAAACACAGUUGUAAGAAAUAGGACAGGAGACUGGAAACCCCGUCACAUCAGAUGUCAGGUGCUUCUCACUCCGUAUGCCCUUGGCCCCUAUUGUUUGCUCACAACCUCUUCAGUGUCUCUCCCGAGGCCCUGGGUCUCCUCACCAGGCCACUUGUUGCUCUGGGGGGAUUGCCCUGUGGUUAGGACAGUGCAGCUCCCCGCCCUUCCCGCUUUGGGUGCCUCUAGGGAGAGGGAGCAGCAUGUAGGACAGAAGGCUGGAGAUGAGACCAGCUGUCUGGUUCUUCACCUGUCACCCCCCAAAGGAGGAGGAAACCUCUUGCUCCGGGUUGGAAUUUGCUUCAGGCUUAUGAUUUAGCUAACCUGAAAUUAUUAUGGGUGGCUGACCAACAAAGAUGCUUUUCAGAUACUGAGCUGGCCAUGCAAAUAGCUGGGGAGGAGUGGACUUGCCCCAUGCAUGCCUCCUCCCCUGCCCACAUAUCCCCUUCCCUGUGCUCACCUUGCACCUUUUCCCUCUGACCCUCUUUUCAUUUCCAGCUCUAGAAGGGCUGCAAAGCUAACAACCAGAGGUUACAGCUGGAAGCUACUUGCAUGACUGAACCCAGCUUAAGUUCCUAGAGGAAGCUGCUGAAGGUAUUCCUCACGCUUGAAGGUUGGGGGAGUGUAGGAGGGGAAAAGGGCUUCUGUGAAGCUUCCAAACCACUAAAAGGAGUCCCCCUUCCCAACAGUGACUUAAAAAACAGUAAACAAACAAACGUAAAAACCACCCUCUCUUAGUGAGUUGAUACCACUCGGCAGCCUCCUGGUCGUUGGUAUAGUUCCUGCAGCUGGCUGAGGGAACAGGAGCCAGCAGAGAAGUAUGUUAGAGGCUUAGUGGGGGGCAGUGGGCCCCGCUAAAAGUUAAUAUAUUGAGAACUUAGCUUGAGUCUGUCCCUUCCCAAUUCCAAAAGUAGGAGGAGUGAAGAAUGGGGGUGGGUUAGUGAGGCCUUUAGUGGAACACCUCUUUCACCACCUCGGCCCCAUCAUUUUAGAAAGUCAAGACCAGUUAUUCUUGCCAGUCUCAUCUCAGUGCUUCCUAAAGAGGCUCUUGAGUGUUUAAGAGAUGAAAAAAAUGCAAUUAUGCCAAACAGUAUUGAGCAGAAUAAUUUAUUUCUUUUGUUGUUGUUCCUUUUUCUUCUUUUGUUUGGGUUUUGUUUUGUUUAGAACAUUAAUAAAUCCCCAUUCUGGAAGAGGUAGGUCCCAGCACCCAGCCCAGAUCUUCUUUUCUACAAUAGUUAUUUAAGCAAAUGUUUUUUAUUUUCUUCCCUUUCUCUUUAUGAAUUAAAAAUAAGAAACUGUA